UCGGCUGAACUGUCGCUGUUAUUCGGCCACGGUCGGUUUCAGGAGAGAGGGGCAGCCAAGAAGCGUAUUGGAAUCGACUGGAGGUGCUCGAGAGGACUCUCCGCGGAAAGAAAAAAAUAACCGAAAUUAAACGAACAAUGAACCCCAUCGAAUAAGGCUGGCUCAAAGAACUGCGGCCGAAUAUAUUUCACACAUUGCCACGUUAACAAAGCUGCUCGGUGAUACGUUACAGAUCACAGGCAGCAGAGAGAGAGAGAGAGCUGUGUCAUUGAGCAGGCAGGACACGUCAGGAGAAGGGAGAGAGAAAAAAAAAAGCUGACCGACUGCACUGUGCGAGUCAGCCUCUGAAAAGCUCUGCCGGUCGCACUCAUCUUCUCCAGGACAGCACCUCGCUCUCAAACCAAGAGGAAGAUCUCGACAAAGACAUCGCCAAGGUCGAAGGUGGUGAUCAGAAGGACCAAACGAUCACAGGAUAGCAUUUGUGUGUGGGGGGAGAAAACAAAUGGGGGAUUACGGGUUCGGAGUCCUAGUUCAAAACAACACUGGCAACAAGUCUGCGUUCCCGGUCCGAAUCCACCCGCAUCUGCAGCCCCCACACCACCAUCAAAAUGUGUCGCAGAGCCCAGCUGCUUUCAUAAACAGCACCACAGCUGCAGGGAAUGGCACCACGGGAGGCUCUCCCUGGCUCUUCCCUGCCUCUGCCACCCACAACAGUGUGCAAGAUGAAAUCCUGGGGGGAACAGAGAAGCCCAAAGCACAACAGCAACAGGAAAUGCAGGAAACGCAAGAAAAGCAACAGCAGUUGUCUCCUGGGAGUCACCAAGAUGGUGGGAGUGGAGGUGGGAUAAUUUCAGAACUAGAAAAGGCACGGUCAGAGGACGCCAAGACAGACAACGGGACAUCUGAAGGAAGUAACGGAAAGGAGAAGCAGCUACGUCUUGAGUCUCCAGUCCUGACAGGUUUUGAUUACCAGGAGACGUCUGGUCUUGGGGGAACUGGCCCGGUCCAGUCCAGUACAACUUCAUCGUCACUUACUGGCUUCAACAACUGGUCUGCUGCCAUUCCACCGGCACCAUCGACCAUCAUUAAUGAGGACGUGAGCUUCUUCAAUCCGGCUUCUGCUAAUAAUGGGCCCCUGCUGUUCCAGAACUUCUCACACCAUGUCAGUCCAGGGUUUGGUGGGAACUUCUCCCCCCAGAUAGGACCGGCGGCGGCCUUGUCCCAGCACCACCCUGCUCCCCCACCCCACCCCCACUUCCAACACCCCCACAACCAACACCAGCAGCAUCGGCGCUCUCCGGCCUCUCCACACCCUCCACCGCCCUUUCCACACAGGAAUCCGGCCUUCAACCAGUUGCCACAUUUGUCUAACAGUCUGAACAAGCCCCCAUCUCCCUGGGGUCCAGCCAGCUACCAGAGCCCCUCUCCCUCCCCUGGCUCCUCCACCUCCUGGAGUCCUGGAGGAGGCUAUGGUAGUGGUGGUGGUGGCUGGGGAGGCUCUCAGGGCAGAGAUUAUCGCCGAGGCCUGAAUGGUGGGAUGACACCCAUCAACUCUAUCUCUCCACUGAAGAAGACCUUCCCUAACAACCACGUGGCAUCCCAGAAGUACCCCCGAAACAGUCCCGCAGGCUUCAACCCCAAGUCCUGGGUGGAUGAUGGAGUUGGCCGCAGUGACAACAUCUUCCCCUUUCAGGAACGGACAAGGUCAUUUGACAGCUUUAACAUGAACACUCUGGAGAGUUCCCUGAUUGACAUCAUGAGAGCCGAGCAGGACACUCUGAAAGGUCGUCUUGGGUUCCCCCAUCCAGGAGGGGACAACCCUCUGCCCCUCAAUGCCAGGAAUUAUAGCAGGAGACGAGGCCAUUCCUCUCUCUUCCCCAUGGAGGACGGUUUCCCCGAUGACGAGCGUGGUGAUCAGGGUCUCGCAGGCCUGGGUUCGCCACAUUGCUUUCCGCACCAGAACGGAGAGCGCGUCGAACGCUAUUCACGCAAGGUCUUUGUCGGAGGACUGCCCCCAGAUAUAGAUGAAGACGAGAUAACAGCCAGUUUCCGGCGUUUUGGACACCUGUUUGUGGACUGGCCUCAUAAAGCUGAGAGUAAAUCUUAUUUUCCACCUAAAGGCUACGCCUUCCUGCUGUUCCAGGAUGAGAGCUCUGUGCAGGCUUUGAUCGACGCCUGCAUCGAGGAGGACGGCAAGCUGUACCUCUGUGUGUCCAGCCCCACCAUCAAAGACAAGCCAGUCCAGAUCCGCCCAUGGAACUUGAAUGACAGCGAUUUUGUGAUGGAUGGAUCCCAGCCCCUGGACCCAAGAAAAACCAUUUUUGUAGGAGGUGUCCCGCGUCCUCUACGUGCAGUGGAACUGGCCAUGAUCAUGGACCGCCUGUACGGCGGAGUGUGCUACGCUGGCAUUGACACAGACCCGGAGCUGAAGUACCCCAAGGGAGCGGGGCGGGUCGCCUUCUCUAAUCAGCAGAGCUACAUUGCUGCUAUCAGUGCUCGCUUUGUGCAGCUGCAGCACGGAGAAAUUGAUAAACGGGUGGAAGUGAAGCCAUACGUGCUGGACGACCAGCUGUGUGACGAGUGCCAGGGAACUCGCUGUGGCGGCAAGUUUGCACCGUUCUUCUGCGCCAACGUCACCUGUCUACAGUACUACUGCGAGUACUGCUGGGCGGCCAUCCACUCACGCGCCGGCCGAGAGUUCCACAAGCCCCUGGUGAAGGAGGGCGGUGACCGACCCCGUCACAUCUCCUUCCGCUGGAACUAAGGUCAGAUGACAAAGAGAGGGAGAGGCAACAGGGGAGCAGGAGGGCAGGUAGUGCAGGAGUCGCAAAUCAUUGUACAAAUAAAUGCACUUUUCUGUUGCUGGUUCCUUUUUGCUCUAAUUUCACCAAACCUUUUUUUUUUUUUUUUUUUCUUUCUUUUUUUGUUCCUCAUUCUCUUUUUAAGUUAAUAUAUACAUAUAUAUAAAUAUAUCUAUAUAUUUUGAAGAUAGAAAAGAAAGACCUGGAAUUAUAUCCAAACGUGUCCAGCAAGGAGAAAAAAAAGAGAUGUGUAACAUCGUUUUAUUUAUGCGUUUGAUUUUUGAAAUAUUUUUAUUAGUUCUCAAACAAAAAAAAAACAAAACAUAUAUAUAUAGGAAACGUUGAGGUGUGAUAUGGUACUCUGCUAUUCAAUUGGCUUCUGUUUUUGCUCAACAAUGUAUUUUUUAAUUUUGUCCUGGAACGAAUACUCGUCACGUGACAUUUUGGUUUUGGUUCUUUUCGGAGCAGAGCUGUUGCUUUUUUUGUUGUUGUGUCGAGUCUCCGGAGCAAGUGCUGUUGAAACAGCGUCUCUCAUUGGCUGAUAAUUGUUUCUUAGCAGUGUGAUUCUUUUUCUUUGGACACAGGGGGCAAAAAAAAGGUGUUGCUAAAGAAGAGUGCACUUAUUUCUGAUUUAAAGAGUGCAGAUAUACUUUAUGUGACCCUGUGUUGUCAACCAAAGCUGAAUCCUUUUUUAACUUUGAGAAAACGGAGAGGGCCCCACUGCAGAUUAAAAUUGAUUAUUUUCCCCCCGCCCCCUCCCCCUCCCCCUCCCAUAUCUAAGUCCCCUUUGAACCUCUCUCUUUUUUAUGAUUUCCAAGUCCAUACUGAUAUUUUGACGUUACUUGAAAAAAAACCGCAACAACAAAGUUUUAGCAACACAUAUUUGGGUUUUUCGAUCUCCAUUUUGACAUGCAAAAACUAAUACCUCAAACUCAGCUGCUAAUGUGCCGAAUACAGGUUUAAGACGGAACGGAAAAGAAGAAAGAAAGCGUUAUCGCCUGCCCGUGUUUGUUUUUUUCCCCCCGCAGAACUUGUAAUCAAAGGGAAAGUGACACGACGCGGUGUGCUGCGAUGUGACGUGUUCUCACUUGCUUCAUCACCUCAUUUUUUUUUCUAGUCAAACCCAGGGUUGUCGAGCGUCGUGCAUACAGUUAUCCACUGUAUUACGGGGAAUGUAUGUUUAUAGGGAGGCUACACGAGAGAUAAAUCCAGCCCCAGGCCUGUGGCCCCUGCUGCUGCUAAGCUCGCAGUAAACACAGGGGCCCCGGCCCUCAUUCAUGGAUCAGAACCCCCGCUUCACGUGCUCACACGCAGUGGAGCCUUGAAUACGCAGAUAUUUCAGGGCCGAGCGAGGUUGAGCUAAACUCAACGCAGUUGUCGUGGGGUGGGGGGGGCUACCUAGAGCCAACAUGCUAGUCGUCUUUUUGUUCUUCACCUCAAAAAAAAAAAAAACACGUUUGUGCAAUUCUCCCCGUCAAAUCUGUAGUGGAAAGAAAUUGUCCGAUUUCUUUAAUCGUCACAGCACACAUUUGAGUCACGGAGGGAUCGGCCCCUCCGUCCUUUCUCCUUUUAAAUCCAACUCAGCAUCCAGUGUUUUUGAAGCAUAAAUGAAGAUGAAGGUCUCUUCAGUGUGCGCUACAACAACUACUACUACUACUACACACUCAUGACCCGCGUGCAAUUUUGCUCCCGAUGACUAGAUUGUGCAGGUCCAGUCGGUUUUUAACCCAGUAGCUUAUUUGGGAACCAAAGAUGGCUGUGCAGUAGUGGGGGGGGUCAUACUGUAGCUCAUUUUAUCCGUAUUUUCCUUUCUUUCUUUUUUUUAAACGCAUUUAAUUUAAAAAUCUGUCCACUUGUGCCAGUUUAACUUAACUAAAACUCAAACUGUCAAGCCCUGGUAAACUCCAGCAAACCAAAGAUUGGCCUUGAACAUAAUUAUAGACGUAUAAUGAAAUGACAACAAAAAAACAAGGACAACAGGGCUUGCAGUCGCGUGUACACGUCCUCACGGCCUCACACUCUCGGAGGUGCACACUGGUAGGGCACUACUACUUUUUCUUUUUUCUUUUAAUUUCAAAUAGGUCUGCAUGUUUGAAACAAAGUGCACAUUCACACAGUGAAAUUGAAACUCACCUUUUUAUUUUGACGUCUAAGGUCACUCGGUGGUGUCCUGCCGGCCGAGCAUUUAACUAAAGUCAGGGAGUUGGAACAGAAACUUGAUUAUUAAACACACACACACACUAGUGAGAAUCCUCAUGUCUGUGUUGGGUGUCUUGCACCAGUUUUCGUACACCCCCUCCCCCCCGGGACGUUAGUUUUUGUGGGUGUUGGCGGCGGUGGGUGAGCAUUUUAGAAGUUAAAACUCUUUGUGAAGAAUUUGCUGUUAAAAUGAGACGAAGAAAAAAAAAAGAAGAAAAAAAAGAUUAUUUUAUACAUGGCCUGCUGAUUUUUUGGUACAGUGUUUUCUAGCUAAAUUAUUUUGUCAUGCACAUAUAAACAUUUAUUAUGCACUACUUUUUCUAAAUAUUUUUUCUUUUUCCAACAGUCAUUUUAGGCACAUUUUUCACAAAUGGGGAAAACUCCUUUUUGCAAUACCUCAAUUUUUUCACAUUGUGAAAGGUAGCUUUUGUACUUUUGUUACUGAGAGAUCCGCAUAUAUGGGGAAAAAAAAGUUCAUUUUAAGAGUAAGACGUUAAAAAAAAAAAAUUUUGAGCGAUUUCAAUAUAUAUGAUAUUAUUUUCAGUUAUGCUUUUUAUACAUUUCAGUGCUGAGGAAUCUUUACAACGACGGGUGCACACACUCGCGUUGUUGACGCGACGUCACAUCUGCGGAGGAGAGACCAAAGUGUAUCGCUGUCUUGGUCUUAGCUUUUUUUUGUUUCCGUACACACGAUGUUUUCCAGCAUGGCGAGAGUUAAAAAAAACAAUUUGGAAAAUUGAUGUUAAUGUCUUAAAAAUGAGGCGAUACUAUAUAGUUGGAAACGGUAAAACUUCUGUCUUGGUUUCCUCUCCAUAGGUGGGAGUAUAACUUAUUAUACGGAGAAUGCAAAAUUUCAAGUCGCGUGGGGUUAGCGCUCGCGCCGAAAAAAACCUCCCUCGUUUCACCGCGAGGGGGCGGAUGGAUGUUUUGGUGUUUAGAUAUUUUAAUAUUUGAAAGGAAAAAAAAAAAGUAUAUAAAUAUAUAUAUAUAUAUAUUCUUGAACUUGCCAACUAGCACCUAUCGUAAUCUGUAGCAUGCAUGACGAGAAGUAAAGUAAAUAAAAAAAAAACAGUACAUGAAUUAGCUAUUAAAAAAAUUAAUUGUUGUGUGGUGUGCACCAAAUGUUUCUCAACUAUUAAGUUGUUAAGGACAACCCCCCCAGACCCAUUCUCAACACCCCUCCCCCCCCAAAAAACCCCGCCCUCCGACCCACCCCCUGCUCCCUUCCACGUGUGACGAUCUCUUCGCUUCCCCAUUCGCAGACCUCUGCAGGAUGCACAUGACCGAGAGAGACGAGACGAGAAUCUGAUUUUUACGAAUUGAUUUCAGGAGUGCAUGACUUUGAGCAUCCUUUAAAAGAACACUGUUUUAAUUAAAAAAGACUUGAGAACUCGAUCUCCCCCCCCCCGCGCGCGCGCGCUGUUCUGUCGAGGCGAUCUUAUGUAGACCGAUCUGAAGGAAGGGGGCGGAGGGCGGGGCGGAGCUUAAAGACUUGAAUGUGGUAAAUGUUGCAAGUUAACUUCAAGUUUGUUAUGUGCAAUACUUCUUUUGAACCUUUUUCCAGAUAAAGACUCUUUGCAAUGUAAUUCUUUAAUGCCAUUUUUAAUUGCAGACAUUUAAUUAAAAGGAAGAUGUUAAUAUGUUUUUCACAGUCAUUUUCUACUGUUAUUGUAAUCCUUUUCAUGCUGGUGUUUGUAAAAAAGAAAAGAAAUCAAAACUAUUUGUACUAAUAUAAAUAAUUGAAGUUAUUUUUAAAACAUUAAAAAAAAGGUUUUGUGCUCAUUUGCUUAUUUUUUUUCUCCUGUUUUAUUUUUGAGCUACUGUGAUUGAUUGCAUUGUAAUUAUUAGGUCAACAAUGUAUUUAGCUGUUUAUUGGUAUAUUUUUAAUUGGAAUGUAUAAUUGAUUUUUAUAAUUUUGAUCAGAUUUUUGUUAUAUUUUUGAGGUGAAGCUUUUAAUAUGUUAAAGUGUCUAGUUUUUACUAAUUGCUAUAUUGUGCUCCACAAUAUAUGGUUCACAUUUUCUGAAGGAAAAUAAAUAUUUAAAUAUUUGUCUGUUAAUGUUACUUAAUGGCAAGAUUUCAAUAGUUUUUAACUGUGUAUGGGAAGGUUGUUGUAUUUAUUAAUAGCAUUUUUUUACUUAAGAUAUCACCUUAAUUUUUAUUGUCAUUUCACUUUAUAAGUUCCUAUUUUUGUAUUUUUUUCUUUCUAAUUAAGUUAUGUAAUACAGAUAUGUCCAUAUUUCUAGGAGUUGGUCUGUAGAAGUGCUAGUGAAACGGAAAAAGAAAAAUCUAAUGUUAUUUAAUUGUUUGCAGCCAACUAUUUAUAACAGUAUGCAUAAUUUUUAAAUAUUUGUAAUGUGAAAUGUUGAAUGAAAUAAAUCUUAACUGUGAUGAAGA